GUGAUUCAUUUCAUCCGGUUGUAAUUCAACCUUGACUACAGCAUUGAGUCUGUUUGGGGGAACGUACAUUAUCCGGUAAACUGGCGCACUUCAAGCAUCACUAAAAGGUCUCCCGGGAGCUCAGUGCGGCCUUGCUGCGGGAGGUUAUGAUCUUUUCUUAAGCAUUAAAAUAAUGGACUCUAAGGAGAUGACUCCUCCCGGUGUAAACGUUACAUCGUAACAAUAAAAGGAAGACCGAGUGAAGCAGAAAUGUGACAGCACUUGUCGGGAGACUUCAGAGCACUGACAGCUCCCGGAUUACCCGUGCGGGGGCACCAACACGGACGAGGAAACCCCGAGGAUCACGGCCUCCUGUCCGGAUGACACCAACGGGAGCCAGCCACACUGGUCUUCAUAGCUAGCAUUAGCUAAGCUAACAAAUGUCUUCCCUGAUUUCGAAAUAAUUGUAAAUGGAUAACUUAAUACAGACAACUUUAUUUGAGGUGUGGGGAGUCCGGGGGUGUUAAGGAGUUUGCUGUCGCCUGUUGGACGGAUAACAUCCUUUCCGGGCUUGUGAGUGGCUGUGAAAACUGCAAAAGGUAUCUCCAGGCAUGAUGGAAGGACUCCAUAGCCAGGCUAUUAGCCUGGACCCACGAAGGCAGGAACUGCUUGAGGCCCGGUUCACUGGAGUUGGUGUGGCCAAGAAUUCAGCCAACAGCGAAUCAUCCAACCAGUCUCUGUGCAGUGCAGGAUCACUCAGUGACAAGGAACUAGAGAUACCAGAGAAGAAGCCCAAUGACAGAAGCAGGAAGAGAAAAGGAGACAUCUAUGACAGCAACAGCCAAGGAAAGGGAAGAGGGCACAAAAUGAAUGAUUAUUGUGAUUUUGCUGGUAGCAGUGGCUCUGGAACCAGUCCUGCCAGGAGCAUCCCUAUGCUGGUGCGCUCUUCUCCACAACACUCACUGUCUAAUCCUAUGCUCCAGCACAGCAGUCCUUCGUCCACAGGCUCAGCCCACACAGACUCUUCAUCCUGCAGUUCUGUUAAAACAGCCCCCACACACUCCUAUUCCCACAAAGCCAUCCAGUCGGACCUGACGCUCCUGAAACUGACAGCACUCGAGAAGAUCAAGAACUCUGACCUGGAGAAGAAGGAGGGGAGGAUAGAUGACCUGCUGAGGGCUAACUGUGACUUGAGGCGACAGGUGGAUGAGCAGCAGAAGAUGCUGGAGCGCUACAAGGAGCGGCUUAACAAGUGUGUGACCAUGAGCAAGAAGCUGCUAAUUGAGAGGUCAAGACAGGAGAAGAUGGCUUGCAGGGACAAGAGCAUCCAGGACCGUCUACGCCUGGGUCACUUCACUACCGUACGCCACGGAGCUUCCUUCACUGAACAGUGGACAGAUGGCUAUGCCUUUCAGAACCUUAUCAAGCAGCAAGAGCGACUCAACUCACAGCGGGAGGACAUUGAAAGGCAGAGGAAGCUGCUGGGAAAGAGGAAACCUCCGUCCAUAGUGCAGACAGCUCCACCCAACCUGGAGCAGAACAAACGAAAAAGCAGAAGCAACGGCCAGGAGAGUGAAACGUUGUCACUGGCAGAGUAUCGCGAGCAAGAGGAGAUUUUCAAACUUCGAAUUGGUCAUCUUAAAAAGGAAGAAGCAGAAAUCCACGCAGAGCUGGAGCAGUUGGAGCGUGUGAGAAAUCUGCACAUUCGGGAGCUUAAGAGGAUCCAUAAUGAGGACAAUUCACAAUUUAAAGACCACCCCACACUGAACGACCGAUACCUGCUGUUACAUCUACUUGGAAAAGGUGGCUUUAGUGAAGUUUUUAAGGCUUUUGAUUUCACAGAGCAGAGGUAUGUGGCCAUUAAAAUUCAUCAACUCAACAAGAACUGGAGGGAAGAGAAGAAGGAGAACUACCACAAACAUGCCUGUAGAGAGUACAGAAUCCACAAAGAACUUGAUCACCCUAGAAUAGUGAAACUCUACGACUAUUUCUCGCUCAACACAGACUCGUUCUGCACAGUGCUCGAGUACUGUGAAGGCAAUGACCUGGAUUUCUACUUGAAGCAGAACAAAUCAAUGACAGAGAAGGAGGGCCGCUCUAUUGUCAUGCAGCUCGUCAAUGCGCUCAAGUACCUCAAUCAGAUUCGGCCGCCCAUCAUACACUACGACCUCAAGCCCGGAAACAUUCUGUUGGUCAACGGCACAGCUUCCGGAGAGAUAAAGAUCACUGACUUUGGUCUGUCCAAGAUCAUGGAUGAUGACAGCUACAACUCUGUAGAUGGCAUGGAGCUGACCUCACAGGGAGCAGGGACCUACUGGUAUCUGCCACCUGAGUGCUUUGUGGUGGGCAAGGAGCCCCCCAAAAUAUCCAACAAAGUGGAUGUUUGGUCUGUAGGGGUCAUCUUCUACCAGAGCUUAUAUGGCCGCAAGCCUUUUGGUCAUAACCUGUCGCAGCAGGAUAUCCUACAAGAAAACACAAUACUAAAAGCUACUGAGGUGCAGUUUCCCCCCAAACCUGCAGUCACCACAGAAGCAAAGGCCUUCAUUCGACGUUGCCUGGCUUACCACAAGGAGGACAGGGUGGAUGUGCUGCAGUUAGCCAGUGACCCCUUCCUCAUGCCCCACAUUCGAAAAACCCUGGGCAGCAGCACACCUCCAGUGCCUCCCAUUCCCUCCACCUCCAGCUGCUACAGCAGCAGUGCCUCCAAUUCAAGCUAGCUGAAAGAAACUGGAAUAAAACCCCAGGCAGGACAAAGCCACAUGGAGACAUUACACGCUUGAUGGAACUCCUCCUUUGCUCUCUUCAUGGCAAGAAAGCAGAGAGCAUGAUGGGAAGGAGGGAUCCUAAAAGAGUGAAUGGAACCAAAAAUGAUGGAUGGCGUGGUGCUGUGUAGUAGUAUUAUGUGCCCACCACUGUUAUUGAAGUGGUAUAAAUGUGCCAGCUUCUGGCUGUGGGCUCGGUAGAACCCAAAGAAUUGCCCAUAUGCAUGCACUAACAAAACUUUGGCUCAUUUCAAGGGGCUUUUUUACAUGAAGAUAAAAUGCACCUGAAAAAUUGCACAACUGUGACAGGCUCAGAGGUCUUCCAUGUGUGGAAAAUCUCUUACCUAAAGGUUUCGAAGAGGAAGCAUUAAUAAAGUGUCACCCCAUACUGCUUGAAAAACAUCUAUCAAAGUAUUUUCAGAUUAGUAGUUGUCUGUUUUAAAAGUGUCCUGAUAGAAUUGAACCUGGAACUUUUUAGGAAGGGCUCCUUGAACAAGGAGUGACUGAUGACCAAAGUGCAAGGCCUGUCUUGUUGACAUGGCUUCUUUAAAGGGUCAUAAAUGACUUGACACAGAAGAGGGCUGAUUCUGGAAGACUGACAUGUUUGACCAAUUUCAAAUAUUUUACUUGAUAACUGGAAUUCAGCUUAUUUUACUUGUUAAGUCCAUAUUUUUCCAUGAUAUUCACCCGCCCACCGCUAAUAAUGUUAAACUUGAAUGGUGGGUGGGUGGUGACUGAGUGAGUGUUGUGAUGCAAGGGAAGAUUAAACUGAAAUGC